GCCGUGGUCGGCCUGGCUCUGAGCCCACGGUGCUUGACACCUCAGUGCUGGGGUAGGGCGGUGGCUGCGUCCCUCGGACAGCACUUCCUCCUGCUGCACCGAGGGGCCCGGGGCCCCGGCUGCUGUUAGCAGAGAGGCAGGGUCGGGCGCGGGGGAUGCAGCUCCCAGCCUCGGCCAGUUCAACCCAGUAUGGAGCUAACUGGCCUUCUCCCUGUGCUGGCCUGGCUGCAGAUCCUCCCCCGGCUGGUGUCGUCCAAGGGGACUGAGGGACCCAGUUCAUCUCCUGGCCCCCUGCUGCCCCCCACACUCUCUCUGGGCUCCCAGUACCCUGUGUAUUACCAGGGGGAGCAGGUUAACCUCAGCUGCUCAGCUCCCCAUGGCGAGGCAGUGACAGGAUACAGAUUCUACAGGGGAAGAGGGGACCAGACCCCAGAGGAGCUCCCAUCUCCCAGCAGGACAGCCUGGCUGGAGCUCAGAGCUGAGACAGGCAAUCAGGGACCCUACACCUGCCAGUACUGGAGAAAGGAGUCUGGGCAGGAGAUCCCAUCCGCUGAAAGUAACAAGGUCUAUAUAACCGUGCAAGCCCCCCCAGCAGCCCCCACACUCUCCCUGCACCCCCCACACCCGCUCUAUCUCCCAGGGGAGCGUGUGACCCUCAGGUGCUCAGCUCCAGGUGGCGACAAGCUCCAGGGAUACAGGUUCUAUGAGGAACAGGAGGGGCUGAUCCAUGAUGAGGUCCCUGCCCCAGCUGGGGGCCCCAGGCUGGAGAUCGUGGCCGAGAUGGGGAAAGCCAGGGUGUAUAUGUGUGCGUACUGGAUUCUGCGAUCCGGGCGACAUAUCCUGUCAGAGAGAAGCCAGCCAGUGUCCCUAUCAAUGCAAGCUCCCCCAGAAGCGCCAUCCCUCUCCCUGAGCCCCCCACACCCUGUGUACCUCCCCGGGGAGUCUGUCACACUCACGUGCUCCCCUCCACCGGGGGCGCCGGUGGCUGCCGAAUUCCAGUUCUCCAGGGAUGGGGGACGGAAGAUCUCAUCCAGGAGUAGUGAUGUCCACGCCCUGAGCAUCACGGGGCCAGAGGACUCUGGCUCGUACACCUGUGUGUACUGGAUACGCCCAUCCGGGCGGAAGAUCCAGUCCCCGGGCAGUCGCCCUGUCUCCAUCGCUGUCACAGCCCCGCCGCCAGCCCCCAGACUCUCGCUGGACACCCCAAACACCGUGUAUCUCGCAGGGGAACGUCUCAACCUCAGCUGCUCGGCUCCCGGGGCCCAGGAAGUGACAGGCUACAGAUUCUACAAGCGACCACCGGAGCAGAGCUCCGAAGAGCUACCGUCACCCCAGGGGGGACCCCAGCUGGAGAUCCUGGCUGCGGUGGGGGACGAAGGAUCAUACACCUGCCAGUACUGGAGCAGGGAGUCUGGACGAGAGCUCCCCUCGGGGCUCAGCCAGCCCAUCACCAUACGUGUGACGGAGCGGCCCUCUGCCCCCCAGCUCGCUCUGGCUCCCCCACACCCUGUAUACGUCCUAGGGGAGUGGGUGACCCUCAGAUGCUCGGCUCCCCAGGGCGAGGGGGUGACCAGAUACAGAUUCUACAGGCAACGAAGGGGGCUGAUCGCUGACGGGGUCCCUGAGCCGGCUGGAGGUGCCCAGCUGGAACUCAGGGCUGAGAUGGGGAUGGCUGGGCUGUACGUCUGUGCGUACUGGACACUGCGCGCCGGGCGAGAGGUGCCAUCUGGGGAGAGCCGGCCCAUCUCCGUGUCUGUGAUAGAUGCCCCCAGGAAGCCCUCAGUGUCCCUGUCUCCAGACUAUCCGGCUUACGUGGCUGGAGACAGGGUGGAAAUUAACUGCUCGGCUCCCCGUGGUGCCCUCCCGGUGCAGUACGGGCUCUACGAGGGCAGGGAGCCGCUGGGACCCCUGCCGGGAAAUGCUGGGAAUUGGUGGAUGGAUCUUCAAGCCAAUGACGCCAGAAACGCCACCCGGUCCUUCUCCUGCGCCUACAUAGAGCUGAUCCAGGGGAGGGAAGUGCCCUCCUGUGCCAGCGACGCCGUCUCCGUCUCCGUGUUUCCAGCACCGGCCGCCCCGUCCCUGCUGCUCAUCCCGCCCCUCCCGCUCUACGUGACGGGGGAGACGGUGACGGCCGAGUGCAUCGUCCCUGCUGGGCUCUAUGUCCCGCGGGCCCACUGGGUGCUGAGAGAUGGGGAGGCACUUCGAGAGCAGCCAGAGCCCCAGCUCCCCCUGAACGUCACCCGCAGAGACAGCGGGACCUACCGGUGUGGGUACAGCACAGAGCUCCAUGGGCGCCACCUCCGCUCACCCCCCAGCGACCCGGUGACACUGAGCAUGACUGAUCCCCCUCCCCAGCCAGCGCUGAGCGUGGAUCCCCCCUCCAGAGCGGUGAGUGAAGGGCUCCCCCUGCUCAUCACCUGCAUGGCCCCCUGGGACGCCAGCGAGAGAAGGUUUCACUUCUACAAGGAUGGAGCUGAGCUCCCCUCUGGGGACACAGGGUCUGAGAUCAGCACCACAGAGCCCAGCAUCGGCUCUGUGAACUUCUCUGUGCUCAGCAUCCUGCGAGCCAGUCCCAGCAACACCGGGGAAUUCAGCUGCGGAUACGAGCUGAACAUGAGCGGCAGGUGGAUCCCAUCCCCCAGGAGCCAGGCUGUGAAUGUCACUGUGAGAGCCUGGUCUCUGCCCAUCCCCCUGGUGGCUGGGUGCAGUGGGGCUGCCACGGCUCUGGCUCUGCUGCUGCUGCUGCUCAUCUGCCUCUGCAGGAAGAAGGUGGCAGCUAGCCGCCGGCUCUCCACGUCCUACUGGAAGAGCCGAGAGCUGCGCCGGUCGCGGAUAAUGAGACGGUCGACUGACAUCUCCGGGGUCAAUAUGGGUCUCCAGCAGAUGACUGAGGGGGGCUGGCCCCAGGCAGCGUCCCAGGACUGGGGGCUGCUCCCCAAGCUCCCCGCAGAGGGGCCCAGGCCAGGGCAAGCGGCUGGAGGGGCAGCACCCCUUAAAGGCCAGAAGGAGGAAGAUGACGCAGACUCUGGGGCUGAGUUUGAAUUCCCGGCGAUGGAGGCACUGCUGGUGGCAGGGAUGGCGGGGCUGGUGCUGGAGGAGGACGGGACAGCAGUGGAGAGCGAAGCCUUUUUCCAGACGCUGCCCCCUGACACGGCCCUGAUGCUGCUGGGCCCCGGGCAGAGCUGGAGCCCCCCACGGGGAGGGGCCCAGGCCUAUGGGUGGAGCCGGGAGCGGCCACGCCAGGGGCGGGACAUCGCCCGCAUCACCUUCGACGUCUACAAGCUGGGCCCUCGCGACCUCUUCGGGAGCCUCAACGUGAAGGCCACGUUCUACGGACUCUACUCCAUGAGCUGUGACUUCAAGUGCCUGGGCCCCAAGAAGGUGCUGAGGGAGGUGCUGCGAGUGGUCUCGGCCGUGAUGCAGGGAAUGGGGCAGCUGCUCCUAGGAGCCUCCAGUUACAUCCGGCGCCUCCUGGAGGGAGUGGAGACCUGGCACCAGCCUGCCCACCUCAGCCGCUAUGAAGAGUGA